AUGUCACUGGGAUCUAAUUCAACCUCAGCUCCACUGAAGGACACAAAGAUAUCGUCAAACUCAACACUUGCCACGACUUCAAGCUCGAAUCAGAGUGGGUCCAAUGAUUUCGUUAAGAAAUUGUUUCUCAUGCUACAAGAGGACAAUUACAAAGAUAUAGUACGAUGGACGGCACAAGGGGAUAAUUUCCAUAAAGUUAAGAUCAGCAACGAGGAGAAACAGACGUACCCUUAUGGCGACGAUGCAUGGGAGUUUAAGCAUCCCAACUUUAAGAUUAAUGAUCGUGAAUCUUUAGAGAAUAUCAGGAGAAAAGGACCAGCAACGAAAAAGAGUGCAAUAGCUGCCACAGGAGCAGCAGCAGGAGCUGCGUCAUCAAUAGAUAAUGGUAGUAAAAUAGCAGGUCAAGGUCACAAAAAGAGCCAUAGUCUAACAGAUAUCAACCUUGAUGAAACAAGAAACCUGGCCGAGGAAGCAAAGAAAAUUUCACAAACCAUUGCGCAAAUCACACAAUUGAAUCAUACUGUUAACCAGCUCAAAGAUCAAAUCGAGCACUUGAAAGAAAGCAACCAACAUACUGUGCAAGAAAAUUUGGUAUUGCAGAAGAAGUACAAGACUUUGGUGGACCAUAUUGUAACCAUCAACUCUUUUAACGAGAGGUAUUAUCGAUCAAUGACUACCUUGGCGAAUGUGCUAUUACAAUCAGGAAUCAAGGUACCGCCAUUGGAUUUUCCACCACCAAACAGUAUCGGUGGCAGCAAUAUUAGCGGUAUUGGUAUUGGUAUUGGAGUUGGUGGUGGUGGUAAUAGUGGUGGUGGUCCUGUUUUCCCACACGAGCAAUCACCUUCAAGCCAAAAUAACCCAUUUCCAAACUCUAUGCCGGCAACAUCUUUGCCCAGCAUAUCACAGCACUUGCUGCUGCAGUCUCCUCGAAUACCGCCACAUCUCCAAUCACCAUUAGUGCAACCACCAUUUUUACAACCACCCGGAAUCAAUAAUAAUCACAAUAAUAAUAACAACAGCCACCACGGCCACCACCACAACCACCACAACAAUAACAUUAAUAAUAACAAUAACCAAGCGUUUCACCCACUGCAACAACAGCUUCCGCCACCUCCACCACCUCUGCACAUGGUCCCUUCCCCUCACGCUCCAGCUCAACAAGCACUCUUUGGCGCCAACCGGGCCUUGUCUAUUCCUAGUGGACGCCCACCGCCAAAUUACAAUGCAGCUGUUACCAGCCCAAUAAGUGGUCUUGCAAACUUGUCUCGUCUGCUGUCUAUUGCUCAACCAAAUUCAGGGUUUAUACCUGCAAAAACUACAAACCAAGCACUUGAUCAGAAUCGUGACGGAAUAAGUCCGCGUCAAGAUGGCGAUGCAGUUUAUAAGGGGUUGAAUGGUGCAAGGCACCUGGCUAGUCAACCGCAAAAUCACCCACCUUCUUCGUCUUCAACCAAUCCAGCAGCAUCUGCAACGACUAAUGCAAGUGCACCAAACGAGUUUGUUCAAGCUUCACCUGCAAACAAGCCCUUAUCGCCAUUGACGAGCACAUCUUCGUCACCAAACAAUAAUAUAUUGCCGCAAAUCAGUACAACUUCCAUACCAAACCCCAAAUUCCACGUACUUUUGGUGGAGGACGACAAUGUUUGUAUACAAUUGUGUCGCAAGUUCUUGGUGAAAUACGGGUGCCAGGUUACCGUCGUAACGGAUGGUUUGAAUGCGAUUUCCACGGUUGAACAUACAAAGUAUGAUCUUGUCUUGAUGGAUAUAGUGAUGCCUAAUCUAGAUGGCGCUACUGCCACCAGCGUGAUUAGGUCAUUUGAUACAAAAACACCUAUUAUUGCAAUGACAGGAAACAUCGAAGAUAAUGACUUGGUGACGUAUUUGCAAAAUGGUAUGAGCGAUAUUCUUGCUAAGCCAUUCACAAAGGACGAUUUAUAUUCGAUAUUGUCAAAGCAUUUACUAAAGGAAGAGCAACAAGCACCAGCACCAGCACAGGCACAGGCACAAGCACAUCCACAUCCACAAACGAGUGAGGACGGUUCUGUUAUUAAGAAACAGCGAAUAGAGUAG